UUCAUCUGUUACACUCAUUAUCAUUGGUUGGAAAAUUAAGGUUAUUUCUUCAUAGCCCGAAAAAAAUUACGUCAUUUUUUAUGACGUAAUACACGUAGAACUACUUUUGACGUCGUCUGCUUGCAAUAUUAUCAAUAUGUCGUUCAACGUCGGCAAUCCUGAUGAUAUUUUCGGAUUGGAUAUCGAACAGAACCAUUAUAAACCCAUCGGAGAUACCGAACUCGAUGCAAUAUUAUCAUUUUUUGGAUCUGCUUCUGAUGACAUUUCCCCUCAAAAAGCCAAUCGGGAAAUGAACGAGACACUUGAAGACUGUCAGCUGUCUAUGCCUACUCCAUACACACAACCGAAACGCUUUCCAGAGCUCCAUGAAUCCAGUUUGCAAGAGAUAGAGAAAAAUCGACAGGCCAAAGCGACGAAGAAAAAUACCAAAUGGGGAUUGAAAGUGUUUCAAGCAUGGAGCACGGAGAGGUACGGAGAAGAAAUCGAUUUCGGUACAAUAGACACUGGCAAUUUAAAUGACAAGUUGAGGGUGUUUUAUGCUGAAGCAACACCGAAGAACCCAGAAAAGAGAGAAAAAGAAAUGACAUCCGAUCAGGCCAGGGAGUACCAUAAAAAUUCAAUGAAGAGCAUAAGGGGAGCCCUGAAUAGACAUAUAAAAGAUGUAGGUCGGGAUAUGGACAUUGUCCGGGACAAGGAUUUUCGUUCGGCGAACAACAUGUUGGAUGGCAAAUUAAAACAGAAUAUCGUGGAAGGAAAAUCGCGUCCAACACAACAUAAAACCAUCAUCGAAAAUGAUGACUUAAUUAAGAUCGGCACUUACCUUCAUCAGAAUGUAAAUCCAGUAAUCCUCAGACUUAGAGUCUGGUACGACCUAUCGAUACACUUUGUCUCACGUGGCCUAGAAUUCCAUUCCCAAUUAACACCUGAAUCCUUCACAUUUCACACUGACGCAGAUAGCACAGAAUAUGUCACUCUGUCGCACGAAACAAAACAAAAAAAUCGCCAGGGUGGUCUUACUAGCAUUGACGCAUCGUCCGACAAAAGAAUGUAUGCCACUGGAAAUAUCCGUUGUCCUGUACAGUCGCUUAAACUUUUUCUACGAAAAACACCUUCUGAUGCGAAACAUCUAUUCAAUCACUGUGACAAAGACGCAAUGAAUCAUCCAGAAUCAUUUGAAUGUUGGUACACUAAAACACCAGUUAAACAGUACCAGUUCGCGAGAUUCAUGGCGGAUAUUUCCAAAAACGCCAUUUGUUCAAAUACGUACACCGCCCAUUGUUUACGGGCCACUAGUAUCUCCAAACUGAGUGAAGCUGACGUUGAACUCAGACACAUUAUGUACUAUUCAGGUCACCGUAACGAAAGCUCUAUCAGAAGCUACAGUCGGGAUUGUUCUGCAAACCAAAAACGUGUAAUCAGCAACACUUUAGCUUCGCUAACCAAUCAAAACUGCGACCAUAAUCAAAAUGGCGUAGGCCCACUUGCCGCCGCGGAAAAAUACAACUUGCCUUUGAUACCGUCCAACUCAUUACCGAUGACAUACGCCUCCUCGAGUAGCAAUGUUCUGUCGUCAGGGCUGUUUUCAAACUCAUCUUUCAAUAACUGUGUGUUUAAUUUUCCUCACUAGGCUCCUACAUAAACAUUCCAGUGACUGAUUUGUUAGUCUAGUCUACAACACCGUGAGUGACUGAUGACUGGGCUGUCAAUGGACUAGUGCGAACUGGAUCAAACCGAAUCGGCAUGAUCGUUUUCGCGGGAAAUUUUAAAAGCGGCACAGUUAUUGGCCUAAAUGAACUGCUGGUUUGCUAUUAAUGCGCCGCACAUAAAUCUAUUAAUUUGUUGAAAUAAAUUGAAUAAAUGAUGGUUUAUGUCUUAUAAGCAUUGUUUUUAGUUAUUAAACUAAAAUUAUAAGCAUUAUUCUCAAUUUGUUUUUGGUUUAUGAAGU